AUGCUUGUCGUCAUCCUACAUCCUGAACAAUGGAACGGCGGCUCCGACCGCUGCACAAUCGGCAUGAUCAGACAUUUCGUUGGACGAGGCCAUCGGGUGAUUUGGUACACAACAAUGAUCGAUCGCUACUGGAGCAAUCAACAUUUCGAAGGCGUCGGUUUGUCAUUAUGUUCACAGUUUUUGAAUGUUCUCCUUGGUCAUUUGUCAGGUAGUGGUAGCAUUGGCUACUGA